AUGAUUUCAGACAUUGAAGCAUUUGCUCUUCUUAUUCAAACUCGAGAUGCAUUUGAUGCUCGAUUUGAAUUGCCAGAUACAAGUGGUUUAAUGCCAGAAGAAUCAGAUGAAUUUCAAAGAGUUGCUGCUGAUUUCGAUGGGAAAGCAUCAUCAAUUGUUCGUAUUGAUCGAAUUGAAAAUGCAGUAUGGUUAAUGCAAUAUCUAAAUCAGAAACAGAUAGUUGAUGCUCGACUUGGAUAUGAUGACACAGAAGAACUACUAUUUCAUGGUUGUCCAUAUGCAGCAGCUGAACAAAUUCUUCAACAAGCAUUUGACCAUAGUCGUAUUGGAAGAAAUGGUACUUAUUUUGGUUAUGGAUUUUAUUUUUCAACAAGUCGACAAGUUAGUGAUCGAUAUGCAGUACCAAAUUCUUCUACAGAUGAAAAAAGAAUACUCAUGGUGUCGUGUAUUGAGCACUCUUAUCGUAGCCUUGCUAGUCGAUUUACAACAGCAUUGUCUCCACAUCGCCAAGAUUCAUUAGAUGAAGCUUUAACGAAUUCUUUGUUUAACUUAACGAAUCCUCGACCAUUAGCCCUUUAUAUAUAUGAUGAUCAAAGUCCAGCUACAGAUAACUUUAAUGAACUUGUGCUAUAUUCGGAAUCAAUUAAUACUUAUCUUGCUGCACAAUUUAUUUUAUGGAAAUGGAAUUUAACAGAAGAUAAUUAUCAUGAACUUUUGACGAUAGUUGCGACAAAUGUAGGUGAAGAAGUGGCAACAGUAAUCGAUUCGUCACCCAUUGAAGUUUAUCCAUUGCUUAUAUGUCUAGGAUUUGAUCAAGAUCAAAUAAAAAUUGAAAGUGUUAUUCAAGGUAUAAUGUCAAACAGUGAAAUAUUUGCUCUUCUUAUUCAAGCGCAGGAUUCAUUUGGUGUUCAAUAUGGAUUGCCAGAUACAAAUGAUUUAAAUUUGACAAAUAUUUCAAGAGAAAAUUGGUCGAUACCAGCAAGCACUUUGAUACAAGUGCCAAAAGAAUCAGAUGAAUUUCAAAGAGUUGCUGCUGAUUUCGAUGGCGGAGCAUCAUCAAUUGUUCGUAUUGAUCGAAUUGAAAAUGCAGUAUGGUUAAUGCAAUAUCUAAAACAGAAACAGAUAGUUGAUGCUCGAUUUGGAUAUAAUGACAGAGAAAAACUACUAUUUCAUGGUUGUCCAUAUGCAGCAGCUGAACAAAUUCUUCAACAAGCAUUUGACCAUAGUCGUAUCGGAAGAAAUGGUACUUCUUAUGGUCAUGGAUUUUAUUUUUCAACAAGUCCUUAUGUUAGUGAUGGAUAUGCAGUACCUAAUCCUUCUACAGGUGAAAAAAGAAUACUCAUGUGUCGUGUAUUGGUUGGUCGAAGUUGUGAAGGUAACUCAACAAUGAGAACAUGCCCGUCAAAUUACGAUUCAACAACAGGUGGGUCAAAUAUUUAUGUUGUUUAUUCUAAUCGACAUAUCUUGCCAGAAUAUCUCAUUACGUAUAAAUAAAUUUUGUAAAUAAAUCUUCGUGAAACAUGUUAAACCUCUUUUUAAGUGAUUGUUUUUAAAGCCAUCGAAUGGCUAAGAGACAGUUCAUGAAAAUAUCGAACAUUAAGCCACAGAGCCAUAUUCUCGAAAAUUUUGACCUCUAUAUUUUAUGAUCGCGAAUGG